AUGACGAGCGUAAUCGAACAAAGGAAUCAAAAUAACAUGGAAGCUGUAAAAUACGCCGAAUGCCGCAAAUCCCAUAUUCAUUACUUGGGGUGGGCUGACGGUUGCCAGGAGUACAAGGAAUCCACGUCAUCACCUUCGAAAUGCGAGAUCUGCGGAUGCCAUAGGAAUUUCCACCGGAAACUUGAGGUAGCGGCGGCGGCGGAGGAGUUACUAGUCCGACACGAGAAGGAAGUAGGAUUACAAUGCGGUGCUACUGCGGGACAAGGAAGUACUAUUAGUAUUAGCCCUAGUAGCGGCUUCCCGAUAUCUCCGGUUCGGUCGCAUGGUUCGCCGGAACGGCGUCGGAACGGUCGUAACGGCCGUUCCGGAACGGGAACGGAGCCCUUCCUUCCGGAAUCCCUAACCAGAACGGGGAACGCCGAGAAAUCGGUGGGAUGGGCGAGAUGGAGCCACGGAACGGCCCCAAUGCGGCCGGAACGGCACCGAAAGGACGCCGGAACAAGAAAAUAG